AUGUUCAAGCCCUCUGCCAAACACCUGCUGCUCGCCGCUCUGGUUACCCAGCUUCUCCCAAGCAUCAGCGCGCUCAUCGACCAUCGUCGUUUGGAUCCCUACUCCGCAAUGCCACAGCCACGUACUCUGAUGAUCUCUCUCUUUCAUCCCGUCCCUCCACCAAGCUGUUGCCCCUCCCUGACGUCCUACAUGGACCCCAUCACCGCAACAUUCGAGGAUGAACAGUACGCACAGGCUGGCAUCCCAGCCGGCGCCUUCGGCUCACUUACACUUCGAACCUGCAUGCCUUGUCGGCCUUCAGAUUCUACAUUAAAUCGACAUGUCUUGCUAAGUUACACUUUCACUGCAGACUGUCCAGCACUGGGCUACAUCGUCGUAACCAUCGACCAUCCCUACGACGCAGGCAUCGUGAGAGACGUAUCCUUCGUCCUCGAUCAGCUUUAUAUCCCAUCUGUCAUUUCUAGGCUCAUCCCACGCCGAAUUGCGCCGUUCAUGUUGAUGGCGCGCAGCAAGCGGAAGAAUUUGACUACUGAUGUGAGCUGGGGCGCUCUAUGGGGCCGAAGGCUGAAGGUCUACGAACAUGGUACGUUUACGGAUUUGGCGGUGGCUGCUGAUUUGAUUUGGUCUCAGAGAGGAAUAUCCGGCACAGACGGCCGCAUUCUUUGGAGUAUCGAUGGGGAAGAGCCCAUCAGGCUAUUGCUACUUAUACGAGCAGAUUCUUUGACUUUGUUUUGAAGGGGGAAGAAACAUG